AGCGUAAUGGCAUAUACCGCCACAUCAGAGCACCCAUAUAUAUAUUCACUCCCGGGAGGGGUAGCAAUUUAGGGUUUUUCGACCUCCUUGCGGCGGCUCUUGUUUCUCAGGAACUAGAGGAAUAUUGUUGAGGUCUUUUCCGGCGUGAUCUUCCAAAGCAGUCAAGAUGGUGAAGUUCACAGCCGAAGAGCUCCGCAGGAUUAUGGACUUGAAACACAAUAUCCGUAACAUGUCCGUCAUUGCCCAUGUCGAUCAUGGCAAGUCCACUCUUACUGACUCCCUGGUGGCCGCCGCUGGAAUCAUUGCACAAGAAGUUGCUGGUGAUGUCAGAAUGACUGAUACACGCCAGGAUGAAGCGGAACGUGGUAUCACAAUUAAAUCCACCGGCAUUUCUCUCUAUUAUGAAAUGACUGAUGAAGCACUUAAAAACUACAAGGGUGAGCGUACUGGGAACGAGUACCUCAUCAACCUGAUUGACUCGCCCGGGCACGUUGACUUUUCUUCAGAAGUCACUGCAGCACUCCGUAUUACUGAUGGAGCCCUUGUGGUCGUUGAUUGUGUUGAGGGAGUUUGCGUCCAAACUGAAACUGUCCUCCGCCAAGCUCUCGGUGAAAGAAUUCGGCCUGUUUUGACCGUUAACAAAAUGGACCGCUGCUUUUUAGAGCUUCAGGUUGAGGGUGAAGAGGCUUACCAGACUUUCCAGCGUGUCAUUGAGAAUGCGAAUGUUAUUAUGGCUACAUAUGAAGAUCCCCUUCUUGGUGAUGUCCAAGUGUACCCAGAAAAAGGGACUGUUGCUUUCUCUGCUGGACUCCAUGGUUGGGCUUUUACUCUUACUAACUUUGCCAAGAUGUAUGCUGCUAAGUUCGGAGUUGAUGAAUCCAAGAUGAUGGAGAGGCUUUGGGGUGAGAAUUACUUUGAUCCGGCGACAAGGAAAUGGACCAGCAAGAACACCGGCACUCCUACUUGCAAGCGUGGAUUCGUCCAGUUCUGCUACGAACCCAUCAAGCAAAUCAUCUCCACGUGCAUGAACGAUCAGAAGGACAAACUAUGGCCUAUGCUUCAAAAACUCGGCGUGACCAUGAAAAGUGAGGAGAAGGAACUUAUGGGCAAAGCUUUAAUGAAGCGUGUUAUGCAGACUUGGCUCCCGGCUAGCAGCGCCCUUCUUGAGAUGAUGAUAUUCCACCUUCCAUCGCCUGCCAAGGCGCAGAGGUAUCGUGUGGAGAACUUGUACGAGGGCCCUCUCGAUGAUAUUUACGCCAAUGCCAUCAGAAACUGUGAUCCGGAAGGCCCUCUUAUGCUGUAUGUCUCUAAGAUGAUUCCAGCUUCUGAUAAGGGCAGAUUCUUUGCUUUCGGCCGGGUCUUCUCAGGGAAGGUCUCUACCGGCAUGAAGGUCCGUAUCAUGGGACCCAACUAUGUCCCCGGCCAGAAGAAAGAUUUGUAUGUGAAGAGUGUGCAGAGAACUGUUAUCUGGAUGGGCAAGAAGCAAGAAUCUGUGGAGGAUGUUCCCUGCGGUAACACAGUGGCUAUGGUCGGUUUGGAUCAGUUUAUUACCAAGAACGCUACUCUGACCAAUGAAAAGGAGGUUGACGCCCACCCGAUUAGAGCAAUGAAGUUCUCUGUCUCUCCUGUCGUGCGCGUCGCCGUUCAAUGCAAGGUUGCUUCUGACCUGCCCAAACUUGUCGAAGGUCUAAAGCGUUUGGCCAAGUCCGAUCCUAUGGUUGUUUGUACUAUCGAAGAAUCUGGCGAACAUAUCAUUGCAGGAGCUGGGGAGCUCCACCUUGAGAUUUGCUUAAAAGAUUUGCAAGAAGAUUUUAUGGGGGGAGCCGAAAUAGUGGUCUCUGAUCCAGUCGUGUCCUUCCGUGAAACUGUGCUCGAGAAAUCAUGCCGUACCGUGAUGAGCAAGUCGCCCAACAAGCACAACCGACUGUACAUGGAGGCCCGGCCCAUGGAAGAAGGGCUUGCUGAGGCCAUUGAUGACGGCCGCAUUGGCCCACGUGAUGAUCCGAAGGUCCGUGCAAAGAUCCUCUCCGAAGAGUUUGGGUGGGACAAGGAUCUUGCCAAGAAGAUUUGGUGCUUUGGGCCUGAAACUACGGGCCCAAACAUGGUUGUCGACAUGUGUAAGGGAGUUCAAUACCUGAAUGAAAUCAAGGACUCUGUAGUUGCUGGGUUCCAGUGGGCUUCGAAGGAAGGAGCAUUGGCCGAAGAGAACAUGCGCGGUAUUUGCUUCGAAGUGUGUGAUGUCGUUCUCCAUGCUGAUGCUAUUCACAGAGGCGGCGGCCAGAUCAUUCCGACGGCUAGAAGAGUCAUAUACGCGUCACAGCUUACAGCUAAGCCUAGGCUUUUGGAACCAGUUUACUUGGUGGAAAUCCAGGCUCCUGAGCAAGCACUUGGUGGGAUUUAUGGUGUGCUGAACCAGAAGAGAGGGCACGUGUUCGAAGAGCUCCAGAGGCCUGGCACUCCCCUAUAUAACAUCAAGGCUUAUCUCCCAGUUAUCGAGUCCUUCGGGUUCUCGAGUACCCUUAGGGCCGCCACCUCGGGCCAGGCUUUCCCGCAAUGCGUGUUCGAUCAUUGGGACAUGAUGUCGUCCGAUCCGCUGGAGCCAAACUCUCAAGCAGGUAAUCUCGUUACCGAGAUUCGCAAGAGGAAAGGAUUGAAGGAGCAGAUGACGCCACUCUCGGAGUUCGAGGACAAGCUGUAAUUUCCGUGCUGAUACUAUUUGCAUGCUUUUCAUCUACUACUUUUUGUGUUGCUGUUGAUUAUGAGAAACCUUUUUGGUUUGUUUUCUAUAUUUUGUAUCUCCUUAGUGGUUUAAAUGUUGCCAUGUGUUUUGAACUAUUCGCUAUGUGUAAGUGUUUGCUGUGGAGGUGCUACUUUUUCAUUUUUGUUCUAAUGUUAGGAAAUAUUAAUAUUUGCUGCUUGAAAA